UAUCAAGUAACAGUACAUUACAAUUGUCAAAGUGAUAGCAACAUGCCACCUAAAUAAGCGUCAAAGUUUUGAACGAUAAGUGAAUAGUAAUUUGGUAGUCGUUGGUGGAAAGUGCAACCUCAUUAAUAUCGAUUCUAUGUCGUAUGGUCAGAUGCACACAAAAUCCGUGAAACACUUCCAUUGACCGUUUGCUCCUUUGUCAGUAUGGAUAUGCAUUUGAUUUAUAACUAUAAAAUAAUCCUGGUGGGUAUGGCUGUGCUUAAUGUUUUAUACCUCGUCUUCGAAGCUUAUAAAGGAAAUGGAUCUUCAUUGGAUAUUGCCACAAAUGUUCUUGACACUAGAAAGUACAUAAUCGACACUCCAGGCUGCCGAAUUGAAGAUUUAAACCCCUUCAGCAAUGAAAUUAAAGACUAUGUUUACAAGAUCAAAAAACUCUCCUGUCGAAAUCGGGGUUUACUAACAUAUGUUACAAGAACUGAUAAUGCGGUUACUUUGAACAUAAACAGCUCUCUGUUGCAUGACUAUAGUGCCUUCAAAAUCGAUUGUUGUUAUUCGAUUAUAAAAAGAAACACCACAGGACCUAAACCUGAUGACAACUUGAGUUUUUCAGAUUGCAUCCACUUCAACGACAGCGUCACUGUAAAUGAGAAUUUUGUGAAGGUGGAAUGCUCAAACUUUCUUCACAAAGUGUAUGAAAAUAUCCACGCCACAUUGCAACCACCAAAAUGGGUGGUAUCUAACAAAGACGACCCCAGCGUCAUCCUCGUAGGUAUCGACGGCGUGUCCAGGUCAAACUUCAUAAGAUCCAUGCCUCGUACUUUCGAAUUUUGCGAGAGGAACAGUUGGAUUAAUCUGGGGGGAUACAAUAAGAUAGCUGAUAAUACUUAUCCCAAUCUGAUGGCUGUGUUGACCGGAAUGAAUUAUUCCCAGGCAGUGAAUUCCUGCGAUCCUUAUAAAAUAUCAGCGUUGAAUAAUUGUGAACACUUUAUUUGGAACAAAUACAGGAAGCGUAAUUAUAGUACGGCAUAUGCUGAAGACACGCCGAGAAUAGCAACAUUCAACGGAAUCAAAGCGGGUUUCAUCGACCCUCCUACAGACUACUACUUCCGUCCAUAUUUUCUAGCUGCAGAUGAUUUAAGCACGAAAUAUUUAUGUCUAAAAGCGCACUGCACUGGUCCUGAGAAAACGGGUAUCCGAAUGCAAGUCCUGAUAAAGGAUUUCAUCUCUGCCAUAAAGGACUCGACGCCGGGUUUCGGACUUUUCUGGAUGAACUCCUUCAGUCACGAAGACGUGAACUGUCCCAGUUCGAUGGACGACGACUUCGUAGAAUUUUUUGAAGAGUUAGAGAGCGGUGGAUAUUUGGACAAUACCAUUGUGAUAUUUUUGAGCGACCAUGGGUUUAGAUUUGGGAGGAUAAGACUGACACAUACCGGCUGGAUGGAAGAGAGACUGCCGUUCAUUUAUAUUUGGAUACCGCAUAGAUUCAGAAUGAACCAUGCAGUCCAGUAUACAAACCUCGUGGAAAAUUCAAACAAACUCACGACGCCAUACGAUAUUUACAUGACACUGCAACACAUACUGGCCUUAUCAAAUAAGACUUUUAUCGAGUCUCCAAGUCAAGGCUGUCCUCAAUGCCAAUCCCUCCUCAAACCAAUGGAUAGCACCAGAACUUGCGUCAGCUCAGGCGUACCUCAGCACUUUUGCACUUGCUCCACAUACGAAAAAAUAAACAAAGACUCAGCGCGUCUCAAAGAAAUUGCCGACUUCUUUGUGGAGGAGAUUAACAAAAUUGUGCGGUCUUACGGCAAUGCUUCUAGAGGAUGUUCCAGGUACUUUUUGGAUAGGAUCUCUCAUGCUAAGUCCUUGAUCGUGAAACAGGAUGUGGAGGAGAAUAUUUUAAUCGGAGUAGUGACAAAUCCUGAGGCUAUUUUCGAGGCUACCAUCAGAAUUAUUUAUGGAAGGGAUCAAACUGACAAAACUAUGACUCUCAUGGAAACUAGCAGAUUGGACAGGUAUGCGCCGAAGACGUUUUGUGUCCAAAACUCGCCUGUACAAAUGUACUGUUAUUACAUGUUCGUUCUUAUUUUGCAUUACCAUUUACUGAAUAGGCAAUAGGCAAUAGGAAUCAUUA